ACAGUAGAGAGAGAAAGAAGCUAGAAGAGAGGGAGAGAGAGAGGCAUGGCUUCACGUUCAGAACCCGAAAACCGGUCGCCGAACAUUUACAUACCGCCAGAGUGGUCCGAGGCCGCAGACUGUAUAGCAUACGACUCAGUCACUUCGCCGCCUCCCAUUGCCAUAGUAUGUGGCGCCAAAAACUGCGGAAAAUCCACCUUUUCCCGCUACCUCUUGAACAUUCUGCUCCAGAGGUAUAAAAAAGUUGGUUACUUGGAUACAGAUGUUGGUCAACCUGAGUUUAGUCCUCCUGGUUUUCUAUCUCUCACUGUAGUAGAUGAAGUGACUCCAGAUUUGACAAUCCCACAUCUGAAGACACCGGAGAGAUGUCUUUUCUUCGGUGAUGUUUCUUCAAAGAGGAAUCCUACAACAUACUUGAAUUAUAUAUUUGCUUUAUAUGAUUACUAUCAGAAGGAAUACUGCUUGUUUGACAAGAGUGCUAGCCCUGCUAAAGUUGGAUUGCCUCUUGUUGUGAAUACUCCUGGCUGGGUGAAAGGUGUUGGUUAUGAUAUAUUGGUGGAUAUGUUGAAGUGUAUGGCCCCUACCCAUGUUGUUAAAAUAAACAUAUCUGCUGAGAGUAAGAAUCUACCAUGUGGGGCAUUCUGGUUAGAUGAGGAUCAUGAUGGGAUGCUAAAUCUAAUAGAGAUCAAUUCAGCUCGUCAGGACUCUUUCAAUAGAUCGGUUCUAGUACAAAAGGAUGCACGCCUGUUGCGUGAUGUACGAAUAAUGGCUUAUUUCAGACAGUGCUUUUCAAGUAACUUGAACAUUACUACUAUUAAAGAACUGGCUCAUGCUUUGGCCUCUCACCCUCCUUAUGAAGUUCCAAUAUCUAGCAUUAAGAUUAGACAUCUGCAUUGCCAGGUCCCAGGUUCUGAGAUCUUCUAUAGUUUGAAGAACUUUAAAGGAUCGAUAGAUUUACCUUGGUGUGUUGGUCUUGGAAUUGUGAGAGGCAUUGACACAUUCAAAGGCUUGGUAUAUGUGAUAACACCUGUUCCAAGAGGCACUCUGGAAAAGGUCAAUCUUCUUCUGCAAGGUUUUAUCCAAAUUCCUACUGGUUUGUUGCAGGUCCAGGGGUGCAUAUCACCUUAUAUGUCUGCGAAUGUUUUGUCUGCAAGCUAAGCUCAUCCAUAGUUGCUUGGGUUUCAAAUGACCUCAUUUGCAGUCAUUAAGCUAAGUAGUUUCCUGCUGUUCAAGAGAUGGGCAAGCAAUGUGGCAGCUCCCUGUUUUAUGUAGUUCCAAUAGAUUAUAUCUUUAUUACACUUGGAUUUGAUCGUAAAGAAAAUAUCAAGGGUUUAUGUUUAUACUAUUGGGCAGUGGUGAUUGCACAAUUAAGCCAAUUGUUGUAACAAAAUUAUUUUUUUGUUGAAGCUCUUACACAUAUCUAAAAGAACACAUAUUACUUGA